AUGUUGCAAAACUACCUGUUGACACAACUUCUACUUCUCAUUCUAUUCCUUAUAUCUACGGCAAAAGGGCUGCCGUCUUCUGAUGUUAACCGCUUUUCCAAUGAAGAAACAACAGUCAAUACUGUCACAGGUUCGAAUGAAGCAAGUCUCUCAGGUACGACCGAAAACUACAGUUUACAGGGUCAUGACCAGCAAUCAACUCCUUUGGCAAUUACGGGAGAACCAGUUAGUUCGAAAAGCUCCGAUACUCCAGUGUACCUAGUUUCUUCACCAACAAUGUCAUACACAGACACAACGCUGCCCGGCAGUAUGGCAGAAAAUCCGCACUCUCAAGAGGCCGCCAGCCAGUCUUUCAAAGUAUCGUCAAAACAGGGCACUGCGACUCCUGAUGUAACGUCUUCGCCGCCCGGAGACAGCAUUACAUCGAGCUCAGGCAAGCCUCCCAAUGUACCAACUACUGAAUCUUCUCAGACGACUUCUAGGGCUAGUCCUUCUUUCGAGAGUAGAGAGCCUCCUUCAUCGCAAAGCGAUGACGGCUCUUCCCGUACCUCAUCUCUGAUUGCAAUAUCCACGGAGGCAAAUUUUGUCUCUUCAGGCUUCAUCUCCCGUGCAGAUUCGACGAGGAGUCCGGAACCGACCCAAUCUGCAGCGAUGGCCUAUUCAACUUCAUCGACGGUUACAGUACAGACGUCUUCCGUUGUGGGUAGGGCAAGUGAUCUUCUCUCACUUGGUAAAUCGACGCCAAUUCCGACGACAUCUCUUACUGAAUCCGAAGCAGAUGCAUCAUCUGAGACUGGUAUGUUUCAAAGCCAGGUCGUUAUAGAGGAGCUUUACGAUUUUACAGAAACUGAGAGCGAGACGUCCAGCUCAACAGCUCAAGCUCCAGCGUUUUCAUCUCUUGAUGACUCAUUAAUUUCUACAUCCACUCAUGAUACCCCCCUAGUCACUUCUAGCAUUCCAUCCACUUCGAAGUCAACCACUCUUCCUUCACUGGCGGGCGACACAACUAGCGGCCAAUUUUCGUACAUACCUGAAUCUUCCUCUAAGCAGAGUUCGAUUAUUGAGCCUUCGACCUCAACAAGUGACGAGCCAGUGUCAGGCAGCUUCUCUAAAAUGACAAUUGAUCUUGUGGCAUCGGAAAUAACUCCAUGGGAGAGUUCCUCUGGUGCCACUUCAACAGUCCAAACUACUGAAGCUAGACAGCCAACAACCACAUCCGUCAUGGAACCAACAACAAGCAACCCUUUACAGCCGACUGAAGAAGGCAAUCAGUAUCGAACCGCAGGCUCGCCAUCAAGUGAUUUCGCGACAGCAGGCAGUCCCACACAGCAAACUGAGGAAUUCACUCUAUACUCAAGUGUACCGGGGAGCGGAACUUCUAGCGAUGAGAAACUAUCGAUCUUCCUGAUAACAACAGACUCAGCAAGUGAACCUUACCGUGAAACUACGUAUUUUAGCGUUCCUCCAAGUUCAGAGCCCUCUUUCAUAGCUACCGCGUCUUCGAAUGAACUGCCAGUCCCAUCUUCAGCAAGCUUAACAACAGAAAACGCUAUAUUUGCCACAACAGAUAUCACUAGCCAAUCAUCUGAAGAUCAUACCACUUUUCUGAUUACCAAGGACUUACCUGAUACAGCUUCUUCAGCUACUAGCGACACAUCAGCGACCAUUAACCCCCAAUUUGUCUCUUUGAGCGACACAAGCAGUGUACCUUCAUCAAUUAUCAUUGAGCAGACAGUUAACACCGCAUCAUAUCUUUCUUCGCCCACAUUGAAUUCUCCUACGAUCACGAACUGGCCCGAAGCGACAAGCGUGGAAUUAACCACAGAAGCAACUUCAUCAGAAUAUUUGGCAUCCACAAUUGAGAUCCACUCAUCGCCAGUUCCGAAUACUGAUCAUCCUACAGGACUUUCAGAUUACAGAACAGAGAGUACAAUUACCUACAGCGAAAACUCUCAAGAUUUUACGCUUUUAAGCUCAAUAAGACAGACUGAGGCUUCUUUCAUCUCAAAUGAUGGCGACACUUCAUCGAUGACCGUGGGAACAACGACGGUUUCUCCUACCCCAUAA